GAGCAGUUUUGCGCCCGCCGGAGAAGCUCGAAGCCGUCAAAGUGGCUUCGUCACUGGGGCUCCAGGGGCCGUCAGCGCCGAUCGGGGCCCAACUACUGGCUACUGGUGGUUCGGAGGAUGCGCCGACCGCGACCGUGUACCACGCCAAUCUGGUAGCCGGUAGCAACACCUCCGUCGUGACUGCGGCGCUCCAGCAGCCCAUACUAGCGGGUCUGAACUCAGCGGCACUGGCCAGCAUGCAGGCCUCCGCGGAGGCCAACUCGCGGAAUAUAACGACCAUGGAAUGGCUCUACAAGAAGGAGCCCUUGUUCACGCUCGCCCACUUCUGGCAACAGAGAGCGACUUCGGCGGAGAAAGAAAUAGCCGCGCUAAAAGAACAGCUCGCCGCAACGAAUGACAACAAUUCCAAGACUGAGGGACACCAAUUGUCUCAGCCUCCGCAGGGAAGCGAUCAACAACAGGUACACGAUGCCAGCAAUCCCAGAAGGACGCCGAACAGCAACCUCGAGCAGGAGCUGCAGGCCAAAGACAAAGAGAUCAACCAGUUGGUUGAGGAGGUGUCCAGGCUACAGCAGAGCCUGCAACGUCUUCAGGAGACAAGUGCGCAAGCAACGGCGCGGCUCGAGGAGGAGCUCGAAGUGCGCAGGCAGCACAUCAACAGACUGGAGAGCAAAUUGGAACGGCAGAGGGACUAUGAUGACCUGAAGCGCGAAAUUAGUGUGCUGAGGUCAGUCGACCUUUCGCAGAUACCAACUGGCGAACCUGGAAAGAGCUUGGAGCAUCUUCUUAUGGAGCGCUUCAAGGCGCUCCAACAAGCCGAGAACCUGAAACCCUCCAAUACACCCGACGCACUCGGUGGAUUAUCGUCACCCCUGCAGCGCGCCUCGACCGCCUCGCCCCACGGGGUCGGAGGUGUGCCACCUACGUCCCACGUGUCCUCCCAGCAACCACCGCCACCGCCUCCGACAGCAGCCUCCCUCCCUCCACGUUCCACCCCGACGCCCUCUUCGGCCACUUCGACGACUUCGAGCCUCCUCUUCCCGCCACCCCUCCAGAACGUCGAGACUUUCGGCUCGUUUCUCGGUGAAGAAAUCGUUGCCAAUUGGAGGCGGACAUUGGAAAGGUCUAUCAUGAGCCAACAGCAGCAACAACAGCAGCAACAGCAGCAGCAGCAACAACAACAACAACAGCAACAAUCACAGCCAUCUCAAUUAAGCCAGUUGACACAACAGCAACAACAAUUGCAACAAGCCCAACCGCACAUAGGGUUACACCCGCCAACAACGCCAAGUAGUUUAAAUCAUCUUCCAUCACCGGGUGCGGAUCCGUCGUCCACCUCGAAUACCCCGGUGAAAUCGAACACCCCGAUCGGUACAACACCCCUGGGCAGUCUUGAUGUCAUUGAGAAAGCGCCAACGCCGGUAUCGGGACAUGAAACGCCGGCGCCUCCGACACCAUCCUCCACAACCGCCUUGACAUCGCCGCCGAGCUUCCAACCACCAACGUCGAUGGUGGAAACUAGUACUCCUUCGGCUUCCAUCAAUGGCAGCGGUCUCACGCCCGUCGUACCGAGCGCACCGCCCCCGAAGAGUCCGCCCGAUCAAGAAUCUUGUCACAAUAAUAACAAUAGUCAUCACCUUGCGAAUAACAAUAUCGGCGGGCUGAGCGUCCUCGAUACGCUGAAGAGUCCGUUUCGGUUUGACGAUCGAGCGUAUCCCUUCCGAUUCGGUGACGAGUUCGGUGCUGCCGGUAUGGCCGGUCGGCUGGGCGAGUCCCUCAUUCCAAAGGGUGAUCCUAUGGAGGCGAGACUGCAGGAAAUGUUGCGUCAUAACAUGGACAAGUACGCCUCGCAGAAUCUUGACACUCUUCACAUAGCCAGGCGGGUGCGCGAGCUGUUGUCGAUACACAAUAUCGGUCAAAGACUAUUCGCCAAAUACGUUCUCGGAUUAAGUCAAGGCACGGUCAGCGAGUUGCUUAGCAAGCCCAAGCCUUGGGACAAAUUAACCGAGAAGGGCCGCGACAGUUAUCGGAAGAUGCACGGUUGGGCUUGCGACGAGAACGCCGUGUUGCUGCUCAAGUCCCUGAUCCCCAAGAAAGAGUAUGUUUCAGGCAAGGAGCAAGGAAUGCCAGCGUUCGCACGUGGACCACAGGAUGGUGGUCCGCAGGAAAUGAGUGACGAAAGAUUGGCGCAUAUUCUCUCGGAAUCGGGCCAUAUGCAAAUGAGAGGUGAGCACGAGGUGUCGAACGACGCUGACAGCAAGAGCCCGAGUAGACUCGGUUGCCCGAGUCCGUUCAACAAAGACAGACUGGACAGCCAAAAUAGGAGACUGAAGAAGUACGAAAACGACGACAUUCCCCAGGAGAAGGUGGUGAGGAUUUACCAAGAAGAAUUAGCCAAGCUGAUGGGCACGAGAGUGGAGAAUCUUCGUCCGCGAGAAUUCCCUAGCGCGAUCUUUCCACAUUUUUUCAGUGGCACCCAGAGCGGUCUUCAAGGCAUCGAGCGUACCCAGGAAGACAUUCGAAUGGCAUUGGACGCUUAUCACCGUGAGCUUCAAAAAUUGAAUGCCGCACCAGGUCAGAAUCCGUCAAUAGCGGGUUUACCAGGAUUACCUGGAUUACCGGGUUUGCUGGCGCUUCAACAACAGGCUCUUCAACAGCAUCAUUUGGCCGCGAAUGGCGGCGGCGGUGUACAGGACUUGAGUUUAGGCAAAGUGGAUCCGCGCAAUAAAAUGAUAAACGGUGUGUCGGAAGAAGAGAAAGAGAAGAUGGAAGAGGCGAUGAGACACGCCGGAAGUGCAUUCUCUUUGGUGAGGCCGAAGCAGGAAUCGACGGGCCCGCAAUCGACGCCCGGCGGUUCCAGCGCGAGUUCACCUCUCGGCAAUUCCAUACUUCCCCCCGCGAUGACGCCGAAUGAGGAGUUCUCCAGUGCGGCGGCAGCCAGUCCUCUUCAGAGAAUGGCCUCCAUCACGAACAGUCUGAUUAGUCAACCGUCCACCCCAACUCACCACUCGGCCAACCAAAGACCGCUGAAAGCUGUGCUUCCUCCAAUCACGCAGCAGCAGUUCGAUCUGUACAAUAAUCUUAACACCGAAGAUAUUGUAAAGAGGGUAAAGCGCACUGUGAAGGAACAGCUGUCUCAGUAUUCGAUUUCGCAGCGGCUUUUCGGCGAAUCGGUAUUGGGUCUAUCUCAGGGAUCAGUGUCGGACCUCCUCGCGCGUCCAAAACCAUGGCACAUGCUGACUCAAAAGGGUCGCGAGCCCUUUAUUCGGAUGAAGAUGUUCCUCGAAGAUGACAACGCGGUGCACAAACUCGUCGCCAGCCAGUACAAGAUCGCACCGGAGAAGCUAAUGAGGACCGGCGGCUACGGCGGCCUGCCUCGUAAGUUUAACUCAGCUUGCGGAACACCUAUGAAACCUAUGCCUCCAACGAAACUCGUCCAAGAACAGCUUCAGAACGCAGCGAAGGCGCAGGCCGCCGCUCAAGCGGCCGCGCAAGCAGCGGCGCAGCAGCAUCAGCAGGAGAAUCAGAUGCAGCUCGGUCCGCCACAGCAAAGCCCUCAGCUUCCGCAGCAUCCGCAACCGCCACCACCGAUGAUGUUAACUCCGCCCGGACCUCAUCAUCCUCACACUCAGCUAAGCAUGCAAGAACUCCAAAAGAAACAGCAGCAGCAACAGCAGCAACAAAUGUCACUGCACUCGCCGCAUCAUCAGAUGGCACCGUCGCCUCUUCGAAGUCUUCAUCCGCACAUUUCACCAAGCGUAUACGAGAUGGCCGCUCUUACGCAAGAUCUCGACACACAGACAAUCACAACGAAAAUCAAGGAAGCUCUACUGGCUAACAACAUCGGCCAGAAGAUCUUCGGUGAAGCGGUUCUCGGUCUGUCGCAGGGCUCCGUCAGUGAGCUAUUGAGCAAACCGAAACCGUGGCAUAUGCUCAGUAUAAAAGGCCGAGAACCUUUUAUUAGGAUGCAACUUUGGCUAUCAGACGCACAUAAUGUCGAUCGACUGCAGGCGUUGAAGAACGAACGACGAGAAGCAAACAAGAGACGACGCAGCAGCGGUCCCGGUCACGAUAACAGCUCCGAUACUUCGAGUAACGACACAGCCGAGUUCUAUCACGCGGCAUCACCCGGUCCGGGACCCACCACCGGGAAGAAGCAGCGCGUACUUUUCUCGGAAGAGCAGAAGGAAGCCCUCAGACUCGCCUUCGCCUUGGAUCCAUAUCCCAAUGUAGCCACCAUUGAAUUCCUCGCCAGUGAACUCGCUCUGUCUUCGAGGACGAUAACGAAUUGGUUUCAUAAUCAUCGGAUGAGACUGAAGCAACAGACGCCGCACGGGCAACCGGAGCCUCAGUCGCCGCGAGAACCCGGCCAACCGUUCGACCCUGUUCAAUUCAGAUUGCUAUUGAACCAAAGACUGCUGGAGAUUCAAAAGGAGAGAUUGGGUCUAGGAAAUGUACCUCUACCUUACUCUCCGUACUUUAAUCCCAAUUUGGCGGCUCUGGUAGGUAACGCAUUAAAAGAACAAUGUUCUGGUCUUGACCUCUCGAUGAAUGCCCUGAAGAGAGAGCCGAAUCAAGAGUUCGAGGAUGAGGACGCCGACGACGCGAUGAGUAAUCUAGGUAGCGAGGACUCGGAAGGUUCGGCCGGUAGUAUAAAGAGAGAACCCACAGAAACGCCGACGGCACCCACGACGGUUAGGUCCAACAGAAGAAAACCCGCGGCACCACAAUGGGUGAAUCCAGAAUGGCAAGAACCAACGAGAACGGGCGACGAAGUCAUCAUCAAUGGCGUCUGCGUGAUGCAGACGGACGAUUACGGAGUAAAGAGAGAAGCUGAGGAGACCGUAAGAGUCGAGCCGACACCGGUGCAGGACCGAUAUGAAGAGGAUGCCCAGAGCGAUGUCUCUUCCGUAUCCGGCAACAAUGGUGCCGAUCGGGAUAGCCCGCUUCCCAGUCCAAAGUCUGGUCAGAACAGUCCAGCGACGUCGCUCAGACCGCCGUCGGCGCAACAAAUGCAACAGUCCACGGAGGAAAGUCCGAAGGACGUGGUGAAACACGAACCGGAGGAAACGUGGGAUUACUAGGACAAUUCGAGACAUAAAAUUCCAUGGGAUUACGCGCGAUCUCGAUGUUUCUUCUUCGGACCAAGUUGAAACUCGAGUGGAGUGUCCAACGUGUCUCCAGAGUCGUAUUGUUGAGAUAUGCCAAAACGACGCUUUAUGAAAAAAAGACGUUCCGCGAGGAUCACCGGUCUAGUUAAGUUUUAAAUGAGAAAACCAGCUAUAGGACUCGAUCGUGCGAGUCCUGCCUACCACGAGGGCAUUAUCAUAGUGAGGCGAACGCGAAAAAUCUAGGAAGUUGUCAUCGAAGAGGAAGCGAGGGAAGAUAUCUUGGUUCGACGGACGAGCGCCAGGAGAACAAAACGAUCAAAACUGAACGGAGCUCAAUCAAAAGGACUCACAUUGUGACAUUUUCUAUGCGGCAAGUGUUACGAGAUCAGUGUCGGUGCGCGCGGGUCAACGGCGAGAUCGUAUCAUUUAGAGGACUGUGAAGUACAACGGGGCCGGCUGUGGAAGGACGACGGGCUCUCGUUGCAAUUUGCUCGAAAUUCGAGAGAACCCCGGCCGCUUUCGCUUUCGGAUGACACUCUUCCCCUCCCGAUGAUAGGGAUGAUCGAUGGGGUAUCAUUCCAGAGGAGGGGAGACUAGGAGCGGACUAGUACAUAAUGCAUGGAAAACGGAGGUGGUCCGGGUUCGCCACAGUGCAAUCUCCCAGUAACUAAUUGUUAGAUCGAAUUAUUAUUAAUUUUUAACGAAAAUUACGCGCGACGGAACGGCCGAUUAAUAAUUAUUGCAUAAUUGUGAUUCAUGUUAUUGUUUAUACUCGCCUCCCUAUAUCCCCCAUAGUGAUUAAGCUGUUAAUGUUGUAUACUCUCUCUAUCUCCAGUUACGUACCUUUUUAUCUCUUUUGGUUAAGACUCGACGUUUCCCUUUUCCCUUUCUCUUUUCCUAAUUCUUGCUUAUCCGUCUAUUUAUAAAAAAAUGCGAGGAGAAUGAUCACUUAAGACCGUUACCAAUGUUAUUAUUAUCACUGCUAUUAUAUAUAAUUACAAAUUAUUAAUAUUAUUAUUAUAUAAUUAUCAUUAUUAAAUAUUCUCAGUUGUCAAGAGAGCACUGUCAUUGAUUACUAUUUUUACGUUGAUAUGUUGAACGGCGUUGCAGAAUGUAAAAUACCAAAAAAGAAGUAAAUUUAUUCGUUCCACGAGAUGAUUAUUUAAACUUCCUUUUUCUAUUUGUUGGGAAAUAUUAGCUGCGCUAAAAUAAUUGGUGAUGAAUAUCUUUGAUGAUUAUUAUUAUUUAAUAUUCUUUUAAUUAUUAUUAUUGUAUUAUAUUUAUAUUAUUGUAUUAUUAGGCUUAUGUUAUCAUUAUUAUUAUUAUUAUUAUUAUUAUUCUCAUUAUUAUACCAAUAAUCAUCAUUAUUUUAUUAUUAUUAGAAUCAUUGUCGUGACAACAAUGUGGCUUGUAAAGCCAAUGUGAUAGAGCUUAUAUUGCGAUGAUACAUAAAGGAAAAGAGCGUGCGAGCAAAAGACGAACAGGCACGCCGACUUCACUGAAUGUGGCGAGGGAUUGCGCGAAUUUAACGUGCGAUUUCAAGCAUAUGUAAAUAUCUGUACAAAGGAAAAGAAUGGAAGAAACUUCGAAAUACGAAACAAAGAACUACAUACAUUUAUACACACACACACAUAUAUACACAUACAAAUACACGCACGUAUAUACAUACAUACAUACAUACAUACAUACAUAUACAAAUACAAUCUUGUAUAUUUACUUACUUACCACACUUAACUAUCUAAUAGCGUACGAAUAUAUCCACGCAGGCUAACAGCGGUACACAUUGAGUGACUGCACGCUGAAUUUUCACUUAUCGCAGUCGGCAUUGCACACACCGUAAGAAUGAAGUCGCGUAAUCAGCGGCGAUGAGGUAAGAGAAGAAAGAAAAUCGAGCCACGUGUUUCAAUGACCGCUCGUUGCGAUCCGUGAAAAUGCAGCGUUCGGGCUAUAAUAAGCGGCGCAAAAGGAGAACGCGUAAUUAUGAGAAUUUGCCGUAAAUUAAUCGAAUGCCUAGAGGGAGGAAAAAAAUUGCGCAGAAGACACUUCGAGGCGAUUCGGCGAGACAUCGAGAACGAAAGAGCAGAACGAAUGAAUGAACGUGUGUGUGUGUGCGUGUGCGUGUGUGCGUGUGUGUGUAUGUGUGUGCAUGAUGAACUUUGUAAGCGAGAGAGAGAGAGAGAGAGAGAGAACGAAAGACAGUCCUCGAAUUAUUACGAAUCAAACUAUAGUAUUUACCAGAAUAAAUUUUAAUCUUCAAUUAAAUUCUAGUCCGCAGUUAAAAGUAAAAAAAAAAGGAAACAAACGCGAAUGACACUGUGCGAGGCAAAGACGUAAGGAAUUCGUGCGAGACGAUCGCUUUAGAAGGGCAUUGCUAAAUGAGAGACCAGUGAUCGAUUGAUUCUGUUUUUUUUCCCCCAUUUUCCAGACCCCGAUUCUUUUUGAAAGCUUUUCCAUGAAUCGUCACAACGGAAGUCGAUCGGGCCGGAUUAUCGAAUGUACAUAUUACUAUUAUACUCGUGCGAUUACAUCUCGUAAACUUAAUGACGCUGAUUCCGCCUGCCGACGAGUGAUCCUGGAGUCUUAUCGACUAGCCUGAUCGAUCGUGAUCGCAGACGAGAUCACGACGGAGGACAUUCGUGUUUUGUCAGUCAUCUGCAUCGUGCGACACGUUGAUCGGGCUACGACAGUAAAAGCUCCGGAUACGCGAACACAGCCCAAAUAGCACACUUUAUCCAAAUGAUGUCCCAAGAAUGUCCUUUGAAUGUCCCAUGGACGUCCCGGGGACAUCCCUAGGAGGUCUGUGCUAUAUGGGAGGUCACGCUGAAGCAGGGAGGAGAAAGAACAAACACAUGCGAUCUCACAUCUUCGAAUACCAAACUAAAUUAUUUCGCUCGAGCAUUAGUCUAAUAUUCAUCACCCUUUACGAUUUGUCGACCUGGGUUUAACCGUAUGACUGACGCGGCAUCCGCCGAUCGCGCGAAUCCGUAGAUAAAUCCUAGAUUCUCACGACGGAGGUCGAACGAGCUCGUUUCCUAGGAACUUUAUUAUCAGGUACAACAAUAAUGCGACUCUCGUGUUGAUGAGACGAUCGGAUUUUAGUCGCAAAGUGCGCGGCCAAAGCGUCCGACAGCUUCGACGGAUAGGCGCCUUACGAUUUAUUAUAUGUAUGCAUUAUGAUUGUUUCCCUGUUCUUCGUUCGCGGCGGACACAAGUGUAACGCAUAGAUUCUUUGUAGAUACAGGAUAGCCGGUAGAUAGCCGAUAGCUUUAAUUAUUUAAACAGUACAGCUUUUAUGUCGAGAGCAAGGAUCGACGACCGUCUAUGGUAUACGGCGGACAAUGUAAUAUAACGUAACGAAUAUACAAGUGCGUAAUUGCGUGCGGAUGCGUUAGCGUUAUCGACAACGGCGGGAAGGAGGGAAAUCAUAUCGUAAAACCUAAUAAUAUUUUACAACAAAAGGUAACUGUAGAUAGACAUUCAAAAGCUGUUGAGGCCCCCCAGGACGCGCGAGGGAGAGGCGCGCGCGUGUACCGAAACGCACGUGCGCGGGCAUACGAUCAAAAAAAAAAAGAAGAAGAAAAAGAAGAGUAAACGAACCACGAAGGACACUGUCAUCCAGUAGUGAAAAUAAUGUAUUAAAAACAAGAAGGUUUACCUAAAGUAAUAGUCUAUUGAUUUGUAUUUCAUUUCGAACUGUAUUAUAGCUUUAAAGAGUAUCCUGUACAUUGCAUAAACACACGAGCACUAUUGUUUUAAAUUGUACGUUUACGAUUAUUAUACGAAGAUAAAAAAGAAAUAAAUAAGGUAUACAAAAUA